AGAGAGAGAGAGAGAGACACACACACACACGUAUACACACACACGGAGAGAGCCGCGCGAGUUAAGGCAUAUGAGAGAGCGCGGAGAGAGAGAGAGAGAUAAGUAAGGGUGAGAGAACGCGUUGAACUUUUUGGGAUUCCACAACUCGAUUUGAGACUUGGACAGCAGAUAUCACAAUCUUCGAAUCGCCAGACGACGAGGCAGCAGCGCUGGCGACGACGAGCCGCCUAAGAUGGCCGAUGACGAUCCCUGGCUGCUCAAGGAAGACGGCUUCCUGAACGUCGGCGUCGAGGUCAGCCAGAUCGUCUAUCACCCCAACCUCAAUGUCCUCCUCGUCACCACUGCCAACCCAGCCCAAAUCUACGUCCUCGAUGUCAACUGCGGCGAGAUUCUCCAGAGAUGUACCCUCUCCGGUAAAGCAGAUGGAAAAUUACAAGGUGUUUAUUUAGGUGAAGGGGUAGACAAAAUCUUGUAUACAGAUGGCAGGGGCCUUGGGAUCAGAAGUGAUUACAAUGGUGUCCUUUUGUUGGAUUCUAUUUUACAAUUGCCAGUAUACAGGAGUGAAGAUAUAGUUAAAUUAGAGAUGCUGCUCACAGAAGCAAUACUGUUGCACCACUGCUUGCGAUCAGUCGAGCUUCCGGGAGUAGAUCAUGUUCAAGAAGUGCUGCAGGAAUUGUCCACCAAUAUUGCUUUAGCCAAAACAAAUAGAAAGAAAGGAAUUAAAGCUCAAAAGUAUAAUACAGUAUGUCUAGAAUUGUCGCAUGGAGCUCUAAAAUUAGUAUGUUCAAAUUUGGUAAUGGAUUUGAAGAAGCAAAAUAAACAUAUUCCUGCAUUACCUAUAGCAUCUGCCAUUAGUGAAAGACUUAAUGGCCUACUCCCCGGCCUUGUUAUGGAAAGCGAGAGUACUGGAAAAGUUCUUAUGUAUAGUGAAGCAGCUCGUCGUGAUACUUUUUCAAAGUGGCCCCACAUGAGUUACAAGUGGGCGCUGCCAGACCAAAUGGCACAGGCAGGAUUUUAUCAUCAGCCAAACACGACGGGCGAGGACAGAGCGAUGUGUUUUACGUGCAACGUGUGUCUCGUUUGCUGGGAACCCACGGAUGAGCCUUGGUCAGAGCACGAACGUCACUCGCCAGCUUGUCCUUUUGUCAAAGGCGAAUACACGCAAAAUGUGCCACUCUAUGUAACUUUAGCUACAGCACCCGCGCAAUCUGUUGGUGAAUCUGUUAAUGUGAUCGGUACGACGAACGUUGGUGGACUCGUUGCUACGGCUUCACAAGGCGGUUUCAUCAAUGUUUGGAAUGUGCAAAGCCAGUCUAAAAGAGAAGUAUCCUUUUAUUUGAGUCCAAGUGACGUAGAGCCAAACAACAAGGAUUCGUUUGAAUUCUACGCUUCGAAGACAUCACCGUCACUGACAAGUGGAUAUUUACCGAGCCUCGUUACGGAAACGGACGCCUUGACGGACGCCUACAAGCCGUCACCAAGCUCUAGCAACAAUAGCAAUAGAAAGCUCCAAGUGACAGCAUUGGCGCUAGUCGAUGGGCCAAAAUCUCAGCGUGAAGCUCGAGGCAUGUCACACGUUGGGAACCAGGAGGUUAACUCAAAUGCUUUAAUUAGGCCGUCCCUCGUGUGCGGUGUGUCUGUCAGCUCGAGUUUCGGCAGCGCCGGUUCGAGCGCCAGUUCAUCUUCUGCUCAGAUGCGAUCUCUCGAAAACGUCUGGGCAACGACCACAGACUUAGCCUCCUCGUCAUCAUUAGUUCGCGCAAUGAACAGCGUCAACAGUGCGGCUAGUAGUAGCAGCAGCAAUAGUUUGGAUAUCAUGAAGGUGGCUACAAAUGACGCAUAUAGUCCGACAAGGUCGCACUACCUCGUGCUCUGUGACUUUCAUCACAAGGCCGCCGAGGCACAGCCGACCAAGAAGGACAGCUCCAAAGAUGGCACCAAAAGCAAAAAACAGCUCUCGGGUACCGGUACCAGUGCUAGCUCCAACGGCAUCAGACAGGAGAGCCUCUAUCAGGAAAUCCUACUUAGCAAGUUCCUUCUUGAGGAAAUCAAUGAGGAUGUCGAUGCGGAGAUGGUUGGAAGUGGUGGUGGUGGUGGCCCUCACUUCGAGAGUAUCUAUUCACCACAUGGAGUCCUUGCUCCGACGGCGAACGGUAUUUUCUAUGGCAUAAAUAGCUCCUUACCGACGCUGCCAACGUCGAGCUCGUUUGACACCAACUCCAAUCCUAUAAACUCGUACGUGCCAGAACAAUUCGCCUCGACAUCUAAAAUGACCCAACUAAGGAAGACUCUCGACACGAUCAAAACUAGUAAAGUUGCCGAGCCCGUCGUUAUACAAACUAUACGCAUCGAGGCCAAAAAUUCACUUAGAAUCAAUAACAUUCUGCCCACGAAGGACGGCAAGCAUUUAUUCGUUACACUUAGUCCAGUGGUUGCAGAUGUGUCAGCAAUCGAGUCCUUUUCCAAUACUAACCAGAUGGAUGUCGACGACGAAAGCGCUCCAAAGAGCUACGUGUACUGGGACCAUAACGAUGUGCAGUCUAAGACAUUAAUGAACGGCGAGAUACAAAGCGAGUCAGAGAUAAGUGCGUGCCCUAUUCUACUUGUGUAUGCUUUGGACUUUACGGACAAGGUGGUGAGACUGAGGCCAGAGCCGAUACUCAAGCGGGAGCUAUUAGCGUGGCAGGCGCCGGAAGAGUGCGUGCUGUUGCCAACCUUUGAGAGAGGUCGACUCUUCAAUGGCAAUAUGCAUGUCGAGGCUCAGGACACCCAAGAAUUCCGCGGACAAGUGGCCUUAGUUUGUAGGGAUGGAGUGGUGAGGCUGAUAGACCUAAGCAACCUCAAGACUGUUACUGAGGCUAAGCUUAUUGGACACAAAUUCAUUUCAGCUGCUUACUGUACAGGUUUGGAUAGGUUGUGUGCGUGUACAAGUGAUGGGGCUCUUCAUUUUUUCAAGCUAACAUCUGAAGAUGAUACUGCUGAAGAAAAGGACGUAGACGAUCUACAAAUGAUAACCGAUCCCAGCGUAUGUUACGAGAGUGAAUUAGCGACUCCUAGUACAUCAACUUCAUCUCCCGUCAACCAAGAACAAAUUUUGGCACAUAGACAAAAUUUAACAUACCAAGAUUUACGAUCGCUAUACGAUUUAACUAGAUUUGAUCGACACUCACCAGCAUAUAAAGCUACGGUACCACCUUGUUGGAGUGAAAUGAUGCAAGCUCAACGCCAACGUCGUUAUCCGCAACAUCUGCAUCAGUCAGAAGAUCAGCACCAUACACGUACUUGGCGCUUGCAAAAUGAUACCCAGUACUAUAAUUUGCGUAGGGGUACCUGGGACGAGCACAUUUUUGAGCUUACAUUACCGAGAAGUGCUGCAGGCAACGUUGGCCAUGUUGAUGUUAGAUUCAGUUUGCAUUUCCCAUGUCUUGAGCUUCCAAUGAUACAAGUUACUCUUCUGAAACAAAUUAUGACUGGAAUCGGGAACAAACCCUAUUUAAUUGCUGUGGAUGAAAAAAUAGACUUCAGAAUUGGACGCGAACAAAAAGCUGAUAAUCCUGUCAUUACUGAAGAGUACCAGAGACAUCAUAAUACAGAAAUUCUUUGUGGUCCUAUAAAUUUGCAGCGCUGCAUGGAUUUAUCUGAUCAUUCUGGCUGUGUAACUUUGACUAGCCCUAAGUUAUUUCGCACGAAAGCUAAGACACUUUUGGUUCAUAUAAAGGCUUUGAUUGAUCCUACAAAAGAAGGGGCGUUAUCAAAAUCAAGAUAUACUUUAUUAGAAUCCAAACCGCCAACAUCCAAGAAAUUAAGGAUUGACGAAACUGGUCCACUUCCUCCUGGUGCUACAGUAGAAAGAUUUGCUACAAAUGCAACUAAAAAAUUAGAUAGUUAUAAUGGUUGUGAUUGGAUUCAUGAAGUAUCAAUUACAGUGAGAUCAGUUCAUCCUACAAAUAUUUCAAAUGAGAAAUUACAGAGAUGUGCGAUGUUGGAGUCCAAAGCUUUUCUUGAGAAUUUAUUAAGCGUAGCUUGUUUAGAAACGUCUAAUAAGUCACCAGUUAUUCAGUCACUAGCUUUGGAUAUUUUAAUAUGGGUUGCUGCAAUAAGAUUAACAAGAUUACGUACUGGUUUAAACAGUACGAAAUCAAAAGCAAUACAGUUGGAAACUGUUCAUUGUGUACAAGAAAGACUACCUAGUCUGUUACGUACUUGUUUGCUCCACGCUGGACGAAGUAUAGCGCACAAAUGUGUUAAACUCAUCGUACUUUGUAUAGAGGGUCUUCACAAUUUAGAGGAUCCAUCGCCUCAUGCUUUUGAAGAAGCUGUUUUAUCAGUUUUAGUUUCUAUAUUACCAUACAUAGUUAGUGUUCAAUGGGCUGGUUCGUUAAGAUGGCUUGCUAUACUUGUAACAAGAUUGUUACCUCUAGAUAGAAACCACAAUGUGGCUCAACAAUGUAUUAAGCUUAUUCAAGAAAUCUCCACUGAAAUGUCAAAACGUGUUAAUCCUUAUCAUUUAUUACUUGCAACGAGGUUUGGACUCUAUAACUCACCAUUUGAAACUGAAUUAUUUGAUAUGGAUCCACCUAUCUCGGCCAAAUCCACUUCAGUACCUGUAACUAAUACUUAUUCUAUUGUAACGAAUGAACAACCCAGCACGUCUGUAGCUGCUACAAAUAUGUCGUACACUCAAGAUGCCAUUGACUUGCGUGAUCUUCUGUCAUUGCCUUCACAUUCAACUGGUGAUCUUAUUGUGCCAAGUAAAUUAAAAGCGCUUUGUGCAAACCACAGUAUGAAAGGACUUCUUGAGGUUGAACCAUUGCAUUUUACUUGUCACGCUGCUUCUGAUGGCACGAAGAUGGAAAAAAUUGAUCCUAACGUCAAUUCUGUAUCUGCCGCUGUGUUGUAUGAACCAGCAGUGCCUACAACAAAUGCAACGUUUGAUGCCAAAAUCAUACAUCACGCAUACAACUUUGAGGCUGGAUCCCUAGGACCAGAUCUACAAGCAAAACUAACAUGCAAAUUAACCGAUCUGCUAAGCCAGUGCACAAAAAAUGCGCAAAAAGCAAACUACCAAUCACUGACAAAAAAAAGCCAAGACUUUUACACUCCUGAUGAUCAAUCGGAUAGUGAUGAGGGUGGUAACAUGCAAUGUAACACUACACAUAUUUGGAGCGUGUAUAGUGAUAAGCCUCCGUCAUUGACUACAGUCCCGAAAGAAAAAUCUUCGUCCUCAUCCAUAACUAAUGUCGGAACUUCUUCUUCGUCUAGCAAAAUGGAGGAUAUUGGACCAAAAAAGAAAGAUGACGUUGCUUUUCCAUGGGGAAGGUUACUUUGUUGGCCUCCACAGCAGGCCCUAGUUGUAGAGAGAAUGCACUCGGGAGCAAGGAGAUUUGUUAUUUUAGACUUUGGAGCGCCUGUGCUUCUCACCGAUUUGAUGAUACCUGCUUGCAGCGAUUUAGUUUCUCUAUCAAUUGACAUUUGGACAAAAAGUGAGGAAAGUGAUGGCAUACGAUUAGUAGUCGCUGGAGACAUUGGUAAUAAGCCAUUGGUUGUUAAUGAUUUGCAGCCACCUCCAGUUUGUAGAUACUUAAAGAUUACGACUAUUGGUCGAUAUGGUAUGUCUACAACUCGUUGCAAAAUCCCUCUGGGAACUUUUUAUGGGCACAUGGUUGUAUUACCAGGGGAAGAUUAUUCUGAACUUUCAUCGUUUGAAACAAACACAAUCGAUUCAGGGCUUCAAGCAACAAUUGAAUCGCAUUGUAACAUAUUGUCUGCUCUUGCUGAGGAUGUACAGUGUAGAUUUACCUUGGCUACAGAGCGUUUGAAAAGUUAUCUUGAUCCAUUAUUAUGUACGGAAACUCCCAACGUUAUACAUAUGCAACAUUAUUUGAAUAAUAGCAAAAAUUCAACUGACAGUAAGGAACAACCUUCGGUGAAAAUUUUGUCAACAUAUCAAGAAUGUAUUAUGUAUCAACAUCAAUUGAAUAUUAUUCGUGGAGUAUGGCAAAGGUUAGAGUCGUGGAGAAAUUCGGAAAGUAAUCCACCAACAACAUUAGUAAAUGCAUCUAGCGAUAAAUUGCGUAUUCUUGGAGAAACUCUCCUGGAUAUACUCCUUUAUACUAUAUACGAAAUCGGUCCUGUUCCUACUGUACCCGUAACAUUGUACGAUUCUUUUACACCAGUAGUGUGUGAAAAAUUAUUCAACUCAAUUUGUGUGAUGACACCAGCUCCACACAUGCAACUUUAUACAGUUGCUCUAUUAGCCAAAAUGGCUGGACAUCAACCAUGGUGGGGAAACUUCCUUGCAAAUGCAUUGAUAAAUUUGUAUUCUGCAUCUUCAACGCAUAUUUUUCCACAAGACAGGGUAUUCAUUUUGUUAACAUUCCUUGGUCGUAAAUCAUUAAUUGCUUCGGCUAAUAAGUCUUCGGUAAUUGAUGCUAUGGUACGUACGCUUGGAGGGUUAUUAGCACCUUUAUGUAUGGGCCAAAAUGAAAACUCAAACAGAUUGGAUACAACCCUCAUUGGUUGGGUACUUCUUUUCCUAUCUGUAUGCUUAGACACAACAGCUGUGCAUUCAAAUUCUUCUGAGGAAAGUCACGAUAAGAAUAAAGAACAAGGGUUUUCGUCUCGCUGGGAAUUCAUUCAAGGAGAGCUUGCAAUGCAGAGAAAGUUUAUUAGCUCCAAUCGCUCAUCAGUAUCACGUAGCUAUCGUAAAAAGUUACAGAAACGUCUCAUGCAUCAUAAGCAACAACUACAAGAUUUAGAGCAGGCAAAAAAAUCUUUUCAUUCGGCUUCGCAGGCUGCUACUUUCUCUACAAAAUUGGAGGCUGCGUUAAAGUCCCAAGAACGUUAUUACAAGAAAACUCUAAAGCAACAUUCUACAAAGUAUUCUAAGGACUUGUACAGCCUUAGAAGAAAUGAACUGCAACAUUUGAACCGAAGAUCUCAAUCGCAGCCAAGUACAAGUCAAUCGGAUUCAAUGGACACUGAUGUUGACUAUACAAAUAACUUGUCACAUCAGUAUGUUCUUCCAGUGGCACGUGGUCUCGUAGCUCUGUUAUUAAAUAAUGUUUCAAACGUUGACAUGUUUUUGCUAGCAUGCAAGGUUGUUGCCCGAUUAGUUGUUUCUACACGUCCUGCUAUUAGUUUAGGUGAAUUAAUGAGCGAAGAUCAACUUCUUAGACUAGUUAGAUUAGCCACUGGGAAUUCUGAUACGGCAUGGUCAUCACACGCUGUCUCUUGUUUAUUACAGGAUUUACUAGAAGGUGAAAAAUUAUAUCCUAGAAACUCUCCGCCAAAUGAACCCAGUCCAUCUGAUGAUGCCUUUGAACCUUUACCUGCUGAAGAAGCAAAAGUAGCUGAUGAUGAUGUUACAGCAGCAGUAGCUGGACCUAGUAAUUCUUCAACUGCUUUCGGAAAUGAUGAAGGCUUUGCUGAUGGAGACGAAGAUACUCAAGAUAGUAUCGUCGUGGCACCAACGAACGCUUCUUCUUCUAAAAAUAGUGGAUUUAAUCUUCCAUCUUUAUUAGAGUCUGAAGACAGUGAAUUUGAAGAUUUUCUUGACAAUAUUCUAGAUCGCAGUAAGGCGAUUCCUAAAAAAGGUAGUGCUGUUUCUAAAUAUCCUACCAUAACAAGCUCAGGCAUUUCGCAAGCUAUUGACGCAAGGCUAGAAUAUGGCGUUGAAUCCAACGUGGAAAUAGCACUUCGAAGACUUUCUGCUCUUGGAACCUACAACUUGCCUCUCGGCAUAAACGCAACAAUUAACCCAUCAACAGAUUCUUCCCGUAAUGUACAGAGUUCAUCAUCAAGACAGAGCAGUUAUUCUGAUAGAGUUCAAGAAGUUUGGAAUACAUCGGAAGCUCCUAUGUCGAGUUUACUUAUGUUAACGAGAUGUUUCGAUAAGAUUUUUACUGAAUUGUACAUUCAGAAUAUGGGAAUCAACCUUGAGAUGGUUUUGCAGCUGUGGUUAACAUUGAAUCUUGACGCUGCAUCGGAAUCUACCACCACCCAAUUUGAUCCGUCACUAACUCCUGUUAUUCCUCUUAGUUCUACAGCAAUUGCUGGACUAAUCUCUGCUUUUUCUUGGCAUCCUGGACUAUCUUUGCGAGCUUGGUGUUACGCUUUACAGUGUUUGACACUUGCGAGCAAUCAACCUUUACAAACUGAACAAGUCGAAGCUGCCAGCUGUAGCACUCCAUUAGACGGUUUAUUGGGAGGUAUGGCUGGUUGUAUAAUAAAAGAACGAAAUAUGGGUGCUAUGCUUCUUCGUCUCCUCUCUGGAAAUGGAUUGAAUAUAGAUACCGCUAAUAAACAUUUUGGAAUGGCUGGACCAACAUUAUGCCAAGCUUUACAAGAUUUUCUCGUGAGACUUGAAAUGCGUUGUGACGUUAUAACACCUGGCAGUGCCUUGGGAAAUUCUUUAAAAGAACUAUUGCUGUGGGUUGUUUAUCAAUUAGUGCAACCUGGCGGAGCCUUGGUUGCACGUCGUGGUCCACUGGAUGCCCAAUGCAAACUGAUUACCUCUUUACUUAAUUUAAAUUUCAUAAACACUGAUUUGGGAACUGCUAUGAGCAUAUCUGAAUGUGUAGGAGAACUAGUUUCUACCCACGUCAGAGGAAACGGAGUUGGAGCACAAUGCGGCGGAUCAACUGAUUCAACCAACCAAACAGGAGGUUUUGUCGGGUUGUACGCGUGUGUACUUGGGGGCGAUGCAAGGCAAGGUCGACCUGCUUCCUGGGAUGCCUUGGUCGUUGCUCUCAUCAAGCUUGUUUGUAGGCUGGUACAAACACCUUUACCGAAUGUAAGACCUACUAGAUCUGACAGUACAACUGAUAUGGAACUUGGAGAAUCUUCACAAUCAAGCUCAAAUCAAAAUGACAAUCAAGAGAAGAUGAAUACCUCGCAAACUGAUGAAAGCAAAGUUGCGGAACAACAAACCUCAACUCGAAUAUAUCAGUCGUCCAAGCCGAGGGUACCAUGUGUUGCUGAUACUGUUUUACAGCACGAACCCACAAUGAUAAGAUUAUUGGGUGCACUCGGUCACAGUUCAGGAUCAUCUUUAGCUAUGCUUAUAGGCGAAGGUUCUAAUAGUAAUCCUACAACUGAAUUAAGUGCGAUUCCUUCGAUUCCUGAUGCUACUUUUCAAUUAUUAUGUACACUGAUGAAGAAAGCUAGCAAUCCAACUCUUGUACUCAAUCCUGUUCACCAAUACCUUGCUUCAUCAUGCACACAAGCAAUAUCCGAUCGACAUGUUGUGAUGCAGCUGUCAGAACCUCUGCUUUGGUUCAUCUUACGAGUUCUCGACAACGAAACAUCCUUAUCCGUUUUCACGUCAAUGGGUGGUGUGAAAGUAUUGUGUGAAAAUCUCGUGAAGUCCAGUAAAAGUUAUAAUUACAAUAGCUCAAACUCUCCUGGAGUGAUCGCAUUGGUUAUGCAGCACUUGUCGAAUGCAUCGAGCCUAGCACCAGUCGUCUCUAGCAGUAGCAGUAGCAAAAAAUCGGUAAGUUCUCUUGAGGAAGGCUUGCUGAACUUUGCACCACUCGGCACCGUGUCUUGGAUCCACCCAACCGCGCAGCCUGCAGAUGUGCUUAUUCAAAGUGCCACACCUCACAGAAGAGCUAGAACAGCCGCCUGGUCUUAUCAUUUUUAUCCAGAUGAGGCGUGGGUUGAUUUAAUAAUUACAUUACCUUGUGCAAUAUUACUGAAAACUGUAGAACUGCAACCACAUUUAACAUCUUUAUCAACUUGCCCAUCGGCUGUGUCAUUAGAAGUAUCACGCGAAGGAAACACUGCCUUGACUCCCGUCUGCCCGCCUAUGCCGACAGCUGGUCUCACAUUUAUUCGUUUAACUUUAUCACAACCCGAAGUUGCGACUGCCGUUCUUGUAAGACUGUACAAACCUCGAGAUUCCGCAAAUAUAAGUUUGAGUCAAAUUCGAUUGCUCGGCACUACUGCCUUUGGUGAUCCUAAAUCAAGUCAAGAUAUUAUCGACGAAGAACAAUUAACUAAAACAAGUUUGGGAUGGUUACGUUUGGUACAUCAAUGUCUGGCAAUCAGUACAGCAAAUGUAAAUUUAAACAUCGAAGUAUUAAAUUCAGCAGCAUCGGUCGAAGGUUUAGUAGAAUCGUGCUGCAAUUUAUUGCUUCUUCCGGCUCCAUCGCUUUUUACACCCAACUUGGAAAGAGUUCUUCUACAGCUUGGCUUACAUUCUUGCGAACUUGGACUCCGCCUUAUCAAUCUUUUACUGAAUAAUAAAACUAUGCCGCUUUUACAAGACUCCGCAUUGAGCCAAGAAACUACGACAGUCCAGAUGGUUGUCGAGUUGUUAGAACAACUUUGUACCGCGCAAGAUCUGAACACUCGAGCUCGCAUGUCUGCUGUUUUAAAUUGGUUGUAUAGAGUCGCUAAAUCUUCCGUUGCUAGUAAUAUUGACAAUAAUUUACUGGGUGCCAUAAGAUCUGCAACACCACCAGCUGUUUACAUCCAUUGUAUAUCUACCAUAAUUUGGAACGCAGCUAAAAUACAAAAUCUCAAUUACGACUUAAAAGAACUUCUGACGGAAGAUUUGUUUGAUGCAUUAUACCAGUGGACUUUGACACUGAAAACUCACUCGGCUUUGAAGCAGGCAAUUGAUUCAGUGGUGUGCGCAUUCUGCUUCGUCCAACCGACCUUCUUCCGAUCAUUGUUUCAAAAGAUACAAAUAGACAUGGCGACUAUGCCUGGAGAUCAGUCAAGCGCUUCAAUAUCAGACGAUAGAAAAGAAAGCGAAGGUCAAACCGACGAUGUCAAAAGCACAACCGAUUGGUACACGCAUCUCACUCAAUCGAAAUUUAAGCGUCUGCCGCUGACGGAGGGUCAGCUUUUAACAAUAGCUUCAGCAUCACGUUCACCACCUGGAAUUUAUCAUCUUAUUGAGUCGGGCUUACCAACACUGCUUACCGCUAGCAUUACUAAAUUUGCUUUAUCAGAGCAAUCAAACAAGCAAACUCGAACAUACAUAAAUUUGCCUGUUGACGAAAUGGGUCCAAGUACAAGCGCAGGCAGCAGUAGUGGUUUAACAGAUAGCGUUAAGGCCGGCGAAGAUAUCGUUGAAAGGGAUUCACUGGAAGGAUUAAACAUGACAGAUCCUGAGAGUAUAUCAAUAGUUUUGGAAUUCCUAUCCUUAAUUUGUUCUGAAGGCGAAAUGAGGGAUUGGUUAGGCACUGAAGGCAAUGGUUUCUGGUUGCCUCUUCUCACUUUACUCGGUAAUAGACCAAUUGAUAAUCCUUCUUCGUCAUCUUUAAGGUGUACGAAAAUGAGCUUGUCAUUUGCAAAAUUGGAAAGUGCCACAAUUAAAUUCCUUUCAAAAUGUUGCUGGUGCCAUCCAGCUAACCAAAAGCUCCUAGCUGAAUUGCUAACAGAUGUUAUUCUACAGCAACAAGCGCCUACAGGAAAUAGGGGCUUACAAGGGAUUUCAGGUUUUACUAGGCGGUUAAUUUUACAGCUUUUGUUAGAAGGCGAAAAAAUUUUGAUCUCACUAACGUCGGAGACACCCAUGAAACCAUCGACCAUUACAAGCAAUAAUUUGCCCGUAAUGCCUCCACAUCCAGCUUUUCCUCUAGGCCAUUACCAUCGUUUACUUUAUACUUCGACGCAGUCUACAGUUGGAGACAUCUUGCAACAAGUUUCAGGCAGUUGGCUGCAAACGCUGCUCCCGAAUAAUUAUAAAGGAAACGAAGCAGGUCCGUCGCAGAAUCGCGAAAUUUGGGAGCCCAGCAUGAGUACCAUUAUCGAAGUUGGACUAGGCAACAGCGCAAGUAACCCCGCCAAGGACAAACGGGCUAAGGAGGCAUCUAAUAGAUCAUCACAAGCUAGAGGUCCUAUUAUUAGAAAGACCCGUCUCAAUCCAGAUGGUUCGAUACCGACAACGAAAUCUUCCAGUACUAACUCUCAAGCGAAUGUAAAUAUGGCUAAUCAAAAUUUCUUAAUUUUGCCAUUACGACCUAAUACUCCCUUGCCAUCGGAGUUGACGGUAGCUCAAUUACUUUCGAUAGUCGAGGAAAGUGGUGCUUCAUUGUCUGAACCUUGUUUAUAUUUGAAUUUACGUCAAAGAAGUAAAGAUUCUAAAGAUGACGGAUUGAAAUCCAGCAAUCGAAAUUUGCUUACUCUGUGGACCAGCAUUGAUAGUACCUUAGAAGUUUUUAGUUCUAGAGGAGGACUCGCUGUUCUCGCCAAGCAUUUACCUUUGGUGUACUCCGAUUCCAGUAGACCAGUGCCACUAGUUGAAAAGUCGCCUUCGCAAGAACAAUCCGAUGCUGAUUGGGUCAAAAUUGAGCAUAAUGAUAAUGCUUACGAAGAUGUGGGUGAAGGAAAUAGUAAUGGACCAUCAAGAACUAUCCCUCAAUCACCACAGGUUCCACCACAUUCACUAGCAGCGUUUGGCCUAUUUCUUCGUUUGCCUGGCUAUUCUGAAGUUCUAUUAAAAGAUAGGAAACGAGCUCAAUGUUUACUUAGGCUAGCUUUGGGAGUGACUGACGAUGGUGAAGGUGGCGAUAUACUUUGCUCGCCUUUAGCUUCUACGUUACCUACCUUGCCGUUUCAAGUAUUGAAACAACUCUUAGACGACACACCACCAACUACCGAUGACGGUCUCCUACUCCGCCGUACUUCGAUCGAUGUUGGUGCUGUGAUGCUUCUGUUGAAUUGCCUGGCUAUCUUUACUCAUCAAACUGGAUAUAACGAAGGUUCUGAUGGACGAACUGGACAACUGGGCGGUCGAAGUGACGACAAGUCUCACCUGUAUUGGGCAAAAGGCACUGGCUUUGGCACAGGCUCGACUCAACAAUCGUGGAACGUUGAACAAGCUCUCAUGCGUCAACGUUCAGAAGAAGAACACGUAACGGUGUUGUUGCAAGUACUGGCAAGUUAUAUAGGGGCGGGUGAACAGCCUCAGAAAGAGUUGCCUCCAGCCUUCUACGAUCUCCUUGCUCACUCGUGUUUGCUGCCAGCGCUUUCUUCCUACCUUCGCAAUGACUCAGUUCUGGACAUGGCUCGUCAUAUACCGCUCUAUCGGGCCGUGCUUCAACUGCUGCGUGCAAUGGCCAAUACUAACCAACUUACGCCAUUGUUACUGCCUGGAAAUGGCAAAUCGGGAGACCCUUCCAUCGUUGCUCUACUGUCAAACAUGAGAGUUUGCGUAGACAUCUAUAUGCACAAAAUUAAUAAAACAAAAAAUACCAAGUCCAAGGCUUCGGCUACAGUUACUUCAGCCGCCUCGACUUCUACAGCCAAGUAUCCAGAGGAAACUGAACAAGAUGAGGGUCUGGCCACCUUGAUUCCAGAUAUUCAAGAGAGCGCAGCAAUUGUGCAAAAUAGUACCGCCAAGCUCAUCGAGGCUAAUGAAGAUGUAGCUGGCCCGAGUCCUGCUGGUCCGGAAAUUCCUCUAAGAUCCGUCGAACAACGAUAUUUUGAAGUUAUGAAAAAUCUUCAAUUUGAUACGUAUGAAAUGAUAGUAGAAAAUCCAGAUGGUGGUUACAAAUUUGCCGUCUCAUAUCACUUCGAGUCGAUCAUGCGUGCAGCCGGUGAACGAAAUCAUCCGACACGCGUCAAGAGGCUAGCUCAAGAAGCUGUCACACUGUCGACAGCGCUGCCUCUUUCAUACAGCAGUAGUGUUUUCGUUCGUUGUGACACCGACCGUCUCGACGUUAUGAAAGUUCUAAUAACUGGACCUGCUGAAACGCCUUAUGCCAAUGGCUGCUUCGAAUUCGACGUAUAUUUCCCGGCGGAUUAUCCCAACAGUCCGAUGAUGAUCAAUCUUGAGACAACAGGCAGACGUUCAGUUCGUUUCAACCCGAAUCUGUACAACGAUGGUAAAGUCUGCCUUAGCGUACUCAACACCUGGCACGGCAGACCUGAGGAAAAAUGGAAUGCUCAUACUAGUAGUUUCCUUCAGGUAAUUCACGUAUUAGUGUCGAUUCAGUCACUGAUUUUAGUAUCAGAACCUUAUUUCAACGAACCAGGCUAUGAACGUUCACGUGGCACAUCUAGUGGAGCUCAAUCGAGUCAAGAGUACAACGCAAAUGUUUGUCAAGCUACAGUUAAAUGGGCAAUGCUUGAUCAGAUUAAAAAUCCAUGUCCAUGCUUCAAAGAUGUUAUUCAUACGCAUUUCUGGCUCAAAAGACACGAGAUUUGUGCACAAAUAGAAGGUUGGAUAAGAGACAUGGAAAUGCAUGGAGCAGACAGACGCUCUGCCAGGACUAUAUCAUUAAGCGCUCUAGCUUUGAGGAGACACUAUAAACUACUAAGAGAAGAAUUGAGCAAAUUACCGACACCCGAAGGUCUGGAGGACCUUGCCGAGCCCUUACGUUCACCUAGCACACCACUAGACAUAACAUCUGGUACGCUCGGUACACCGAGCACACCACUCGCUCCGUCGCUGACUACUACCAAUUUCGCCAAUCCCAGUUCAGCAAGUAAUAGCGCGGAGACAAGUAACCACGUACACCACGAUAUUGACACCGACGUCGAAAUGGAAAAAAUGGUAUCGAAAGUAUGCGAAUGAGGUGGAGUACUUUCUCAUUGUUGGACAUUUUUAAAAAGUCUAUUAUUAGUGUUAUUGUGAAUAGAGGAGCUGCUCGACGUUCAUGUCCACAAAUGAGAGAAUGUGUUACAAGAUACAACAUUGACUUACUGAUUCUGAGAGCCGCCCUUUUAUUGCGUGCAAGUUGAUCAAAGUGAAAAGUAAUGUGUGCAUUUUGUAAGACAGUUACUCUAAUCAAUUUUCUUCGUCUUGUGUGAGAUAGUUUCAGUGUAUAAGGGCAUUGUUGAAACAAAGUUACGCGUGAGUAUUGUGGUAAAUGUAGUGUGAAUGCACACAGUGCAAUCAAAAAGUCAAGUGAGAAGAAUAUUGAAGCAAAUGAAAAGAGAAAAAAAUAUGCCGAUAAGCUGUUUAUACUUGCGUGCGCAUACCGAAGAUGCUUCACGUGCACUGCGUUCAUUCUGCUACCAUGUGUAAUUGAAUAGAGGAAGCAACUGUUACUUUCACUAUUUAUUAUAGGUGUUCUUCGUUUGUUAAGUCGCCCAAAAUGAUAUCGAUAAACAAUACGAUUUCAACUUCUCAAAUGCACCGUCUGCAUCGUAAAUACUUAUAUGAAUGUCUUUAUGACUAUUCCAAUAAAUUUUAAGUUGAUGACAAUGCAGACGGUCGUGUAUAAUUAAAACAUUCACAUCGAUUGCCCUCUUUUAUUGAGUUCACCUUUUGUAUUACUAUUGAUCGGUUAAUAAAUACAAGCAGAACAAUAUAACAUCUAAAGACAAAAAUUAACACUGUUCAAAAAAGAUCAUAUCUUUUGGAGAACAAGCGUGAGUAAAAUAAAACUCGAUAUACUUUUAAUUGGCUUUUUUAAGCAAAAAUAAAAAAAUAACGAAAGAUAUUUACAUACAUUUUAAUAUUGGAUGCGUGUGUUUAUCUAACAGCCCUCGGCAAUUAUCCGAGGUUUCUGUUAUGAGAACAAGUUUUUUUCACUUUUUAUUUUCUAUCUGCGUAUCUAAAUGCGUAAAUUAUUUACUUUGUUAUUUAUCCUUCUUCUUAUUGAACAAAAAUGUUGACUUUGAUACUUAAAGUAAAAUUGAAAAAGAGAGUGUUUGAUGUAGAUAGCGUUAUGUUUAUAUGGAAAGCGAUAAUGUGAUCAAAACGAUCGCGGUGGCAAACCCUACUGAUAAAUCAGUUAAUGUAAAUAUUCUCCAAUAAGUACCCAUGCACACACGUAUAUAUGUUUAUAAUUCUAAAAGAAAAGAAGUAUCGCAAGAAUGCUCACUGGAGUGCAUGUCUUCAAAACUAUAAAAAAAGUACCUACAUAGAAAACGACGAAUAACUUAUGCAUAGAGCCCCAAUCUAAAUGCGACGAAUGGUAUGAGAGUCGCUUUUCUGAUGACAUGAUGAUUGUAAAGUAAUGUAUGGAACGGAAAAAACAUGUUGAUAGUUAUUUAUAAUAAACAAUUAUUACCA